UCUAUACCUCUCAUUCACACACACACACAAACCAUGGUCAUUGCGCAUUUCAUCUCUUGCGUUUUCCAUGACGAAACCCUCGUUCAAGGCGCUCGGCAGCCACGGACCGCUUGCUAUUCAUCUUGUCUUGACAUUUGUGCUUUGACGCAC